GCGCAGCAAAACUGGCUACACUGCCCUGCAGCAUCGACACACGACCCGCUUCCGAGCUACGCUCAGUUUGUAUCGCAUUGUCAACACGUUCAGAUUAGAGAAUAAAAUACUCCGUUUUAUAUUUGUCCUAAUCGCGGCGUUCUAUUACCAAGCACCUCAUUGGUGACCCCGACGUUCGCAGGCUCAAAUAUAGGAACGUACAAAAAAAACCGCCAUUGUAGCUGCCUACACGUUGGAAUUUCGCCAAGGCGCCCACCAGCAGCACCUAAAACAAAAGAUGGCGGACGAACAACGUUUGAAAGACGAAAUCGCUCAUCUACAGGAUCAGCUGCGAGUAGUUCGAGCAGCCGCUGCAAACAACCCGCCCGUCGUGAACAGCGGUACCGAUCUAGAGGCGCAAUUCACGCUGAAUCAAGUAACUCGCGAGGACACCCGCUAUUUCCACGUCCUCGCUGCCAUCGAUUCGGAGAUAUUGGCAUGCUGCUCGGACAUCAUCCGAGAUCCACCGGCGAAUGGAAAGUACUCAGCGUUAAAGGACAGAAUUAGCAGCGAGUACAGCACCAGCGAGCAGAAUCGUAUGCAGCAGCUACUACGUGGGUGCGAACUCGGCGAUCGCAAACCUUCGCAACUACUACGCGAAAUGAGGGAUCUCGCCAGGGAUGUCAUCACCGACGAGAAAAUCAUUAAGUCGUUGUGGAUGCAGCAGCUCCCUGAAACGACACAAGCUGUUCUAAAGGUCUCGGAAGCCACUCUCCAAUUGGCGCAGCUAGCUGAACAAGCGGAUAAACUUGCGGACAUCACCAGAAUGCGAUCAACAUCCUCCGCUGGAACGACGUGGGAGGACAACAAGGACACCGGAUUCGAGGAACUACGCAAACAAAUUUCUGUUCUUUCCGACGAAAUUGCCGCUUUUCGUCAAGAGCGCGGCAGACCCCGCAGCAGGAGUUUCAACAGAUUUCUUGGUGUUGCCCGAAGUGGCUCACGAGGAAAUCAUCCGUAUUGUUUCUACCACAAAAAAUUUGGCGCCAACGCAAGAAGCUGCCGAUCACCCUGCCAAUUUAAGCCAAAAAACUAG